CUUUACCAUUAGCAAAACCAACGUUCUUUCUUAUGUCUAUGGUUUUCUGGUUCCUUAACUUGUGCAAAUGAGUUCUUCCAAUGUUUUUUCGUUUUCUCCCCUUCCUCUGCUCCACGGAACAUUCUUCUUCUUGUGUGUUAUUUAGUGUGACCCAGAUGGUGUUUUGAGUACUAUUUUAGAGAUUUAUUAAGGAUUUUGAGAGAUUUUUAAGAUAUCUAUGGAUACUUUGCUCAAAACACCUAACAAGCUUGAGUUUUUGCACCCACUUCAUGGUUAUUCAGAAAAAUUGAGCAAUUCAUGUUCCUCUAAGUUGCAAAACCAAGAGCUUAGAUUUGGUUCCAAGAAACCACUAGUGAAAUGGGGUAAACGUGGUGGUUUGAGGGCCAGUUGCAGUGCCCUUCUGGAGCUUGUUCCGGAAAUUAAGAAGGAGAAUCUGGAUUUUGAGCUUCCUUUGUAUGAUUCAUCAAAGGGAGCUGUGGUAGACCUUGCUGUUGUGGGAGGAGGACCUGCAGGGCUAGCAGUUGCACAGCAGGUUUCUGGGGCAGGACUUUCAGUUUGUGCCAUUGACCCAAACCCCAGAUUAAUUUGGCCCAAUAAUUAUGGUGUUUGGGUGGAUGAAUUUGAAGCCAUGGAUUUACUUGAUUGCCUUGACACCACUUGGUCUGGUGCUGUUGUCUUCAUUGAUGAUAAAACCAAGAAGGAUCUAGAUAGACCUUAUGGUAGGGUCAAUAGGAAGCAGCUGAAGUCAAAGAUGCUGCAAAAAUGCAUAUCAAAUGGUGUUAGGUUUCACCAAGCUAAAGUUAUCAAGGUUAUUCAUGAGGAUUCCAAAUCUCUGCUGAUUUGUAAUGAUGGUGUCACUGUUCAGGCAACUGUGGUUCUAGAUGCAACUGGCUUUUCUAGAUGCCUUGUUCAGUAUGAUAAACCAUAUAAUCCAGGUUACCAAGUUGCAUAUGGUAUUUUGGCUGAGGUUGAUGAACACCCUUUUGAUGUAGAUAAAAUGCUUUUUAUGGACUGGAGAGAUUCACAUCUGAACAGUGACAUGGAGCUGAAGGAGAGGAAUAGCAGAACACCUACCUUUCUAUAUGCAAUGCCCUUUUCAUCCACCAAGAUAUUUCUUGAAGAAACUUCUCUUGUUGCGCGCCCCGGGUUACGAAUGGAGGAUAUACAGGAAAGAAUGGUUGCUAGGUUGAAACACUUGGGCAUUAAAGUGAAAAGCAUUGAAGAAGAUGAGCACUGUGUCAUUCCCAUGGGUGGCCCCCUCCCAGUUCUUCCACAGAGAGUUGUUGGAAUUGGUGGUACUGCUGGGAUGGUGCAUCCUUCAACUGGGUAUAUGGUAGCAAGGACCCUAGCUGCAGCUCCUAUUGUUGCUAACUCUAUUGUUCAGUGCCUUGGUUCUGAUAGAAGUCUUUCAGGUGUUGAAUUGUCUGCACAAGUGUGGAAAGAUUUAUGGCCCAUCCAAAGGAGGCGCCAAAGGGAGUUCUUCUGUUUUGGUAUGGACAUCUUACUCAAGCUUGAUUUGCCAGGCACAAGGAGAUUUUUUGAUGCGUUUUUUGAUCUGGAACCUCGUUAUUGGCAUGGGUUCUUAUCAUCAAGACUGUUUCUUCCUGAGCUCUUGUUUUUUGGACUCUCUCUAUUUUCUUAUGCUUCUAAUACAUCUAGAAUAGAGAUUAUGGCAAAGGGAACUCUUCCUUUGGUAAACAUGAUCAACAACUUGAUACAAGAUACAGAAUAAGAUGACUUCCUACUAAUCUGUUGUAUGCUAUUUAUGUUUUGCGCUUCCACCUGCAGUUUACUACUGAUAUUAUAAAUUUCCAGAAAAGUAUAUUAUAUAUCU